UUUCUAUGGCUAUUUCCCUCUCUAACCACACUCUCUUAGCUCCUCCUCGCCUCUCCGCUUCUUCUUUCUCUUCAAAACCCUCCAAAACCAAAACCUCAUCAUUACCCCUUCAACCUCUACUCCACAGACCCCUCCGUCUCUGCAAACCCAUCAAUGCCUCCCUUCUCCCCAAUUCCUCUCCAAUCCCAAUUAACUGCAAGAACAGGCGUUCUUUGAAGGCUUUUCUUGCACCUCAAGACUCUGUUCCUACUCCUAUAUACCGUAUGUUUUUCUCCUCAUUUUCCACCCACUCUUAUUAAUGAAAGUAAACAACCAAGGUCAUCAGUUUUGCUAUUUUGUUUUGUUUUCUGUUGGAAAAAAGGGGAAGUUUCUUAUCAAAUCAUUCUGUGAUUUUAUUUUCCCUUCCUUCUUAUUUAGACAAAUGAGAAGGAAGAAGGUCAGAAACGAGGACCCGGUCUGAAGAACCUUUUGAAGAUUUACAGGCAGUCUAUUUCUUGCGGAGAUGAGAAGACCAUGUUGGAUAUUGAGGCUAAGAUAGGCAUCAUAGAAAAAGAGAAUAACGAAUCAGUCAAGAAAGUGUCACCUCCAUCGGCUGAGAUAACCUCUGGGAAGGAGAAAUGUAUCCGUUUGCAAGCAGAUUUUGAUAAUGUUAGGAAAAGGACGGAGAAAGAGAAGCUUAACAUCAGGAGUGAUGCCCAGGGAGAAGUGAUUGAGAGCCUGCUGCCCGUGGUGGACAGUUUUGAGAGAGCAAAGCAACAAGUACAGCCGGAAACAGAUAAAGAAAAGAAGAUUGAUACAGGUUACCAGGGUAGAUACAAACAUUUUGCGGACAUGAUGAGGAGCUUGCAGGUGGCUGCUGUGCCAACGGUUGGAAAGCCUUUUGAUCCUUCGCUUCAUGAGGCCAUUGCACGUGAAGAGUCUCUAGAGUACAAAGAGGGAAUUAUAAUUCAAGAAUUCAGGCGUGUAUUUCUCCUUGGAAAUCGAUUAAUAAAACCAGCUACGGUUAAAGUUUCUUCUGGGCUCGGCAGUAAGAAAGCUUCAGUGGGUGCUGAGCAACCAGCCACGACUGCUGGAAUGGACUAACGAUAGUAUUGCUGGGCAAGAAAGUUUUUAAUAUGAGGAUUUUCUUCGACUUGCUAUCAUAUGGUCAUUGCUUAUCUGCUCUGAAACUUUUGUCGCUGAAACAAUUUAUGAUGUGCCGAGGGAGGAAAAAAAAAAAAAAAAAAAAUCUUCCCUUGGUGUCCAGGCUCUAGAAUGCAGUUUCUAUCUACUCUGGAGACAUUUGGUCUUAGGAAAGGGCAGCAAAGGUGGAGCAGAAAACGCAGCAAAAACAUGCUUUGGCUAUUCGCGUUUUUGUGCAGUUAGAGAUUGUAUCCAACAUCAAACACAAGCACAACCUCUCCACCAAACAUGGCUUGAUACGUUUAUGCACACAUUAUGUGUUAACCAAUUGGUUCAUCAGGUGGAAAUGCAACUCUCAUUUAAUUUGUGUUUUGCGCCAACGUAUUAUACUAAUCGCACUCUGCAUUUCUUGGAAGAUAAUUCCAUACCAUCCUUUUACUUUCUCUCAUUUCUAGUUUCAGGUUGCGGGAAGAUGGGAAAACAGGCUCUUGGAGACCGCUAAUUCCAUGCUGCUUUGACGGGCAAUAUAUAAAUCAGAGUCCAAUGCUAAUUCCUUCAAUCAAAUGCAAGCAUAAUUUGAUUCCUAUUAUUUGGGACUAAUGUCAAGUGGGUUUUACCAAGUCUUUGAUCCCUUGAAUCAUGAAUAAAUUAGAAGAAAAUAGAACUUA